AUGGACGGUUUGGUGACUUGCCCUUCGUCCUCCGCGGAUUAUAUAACCAUACUCGAUGAAGUUUAUCCCGUACCUCUCCAUGGACCAUUUGUAAACGCUGUUGAAGAUGCUCAACGUACUCCUCAAGGAUUUCCGCCCUGUCGGGUUUCCCACAUUGAAUUGAAGCAUGAACUUCAUUUUUUUGAAUUACUUGUAUCCGACGAUGUUAUUAAUAAGAUCAUUGUCGAAACAAAUAGAUACGCGGAACAGCAAAUUAUUCUUGCCAUAACGAAUGAAAAUAUUGGCCAAUAUUCUCGCCUAAAUGCAUGGGUGGAUACUAAUUGUAACGAAAUACGAACAUUUAUUGCUAUUUUAAUUUGGAUGGGAUUGGAUAAAAAACCAUCACUAAAAGAUUAUUGGCGCAAACAUCCAUUAGAUAAAAACGAAAUAUCAAAAUAUUUGCCGCGGAAUAGAUUUGAGCUGCUUUUACGUAUGUUUCAUUUGGCAAAUAAUGAAGAUUGUCCUCCCAAUGACCGGCUUCAUAAAAUUCAAUGCCUUGUUGAUAUGCUGAACAAGAAUGCUUCUUUCUGCAUUAUUCCAGAAGAGUCUCUUUGCAUCGAUGAAACCAUGAUACCUUUCCGAGGUAAAGGAAAACGACACAAGUUCGGCAUUAAAGUUUAUAAAGUAUGUCUAGAUGGAGGAUUCACUUACAGCCUGAAAGUAUAUUGUGGUAAAGAGAAAAUAAAUGGACAAUCGGUUGCGGAAUCUAUUGUUAUGGAAAUGUUGCAACCAUUGCUUGAUAGUAGCCGGACCCUUUUUGCAGACAAUCGGUACACCUCUAUUCCUCUUGCGGAAAACUUGCAAAAUAGAUCAACUCAUCUAGCUGAAACGAUUCCAUGCGGGAAUGUGUCGGAGUUAGAAGCACGAAUUAUGCAAGAGGACAAAACACCUUGGACCUGCAAUAAUUGUCUCGUGAUGAAUCGCAGAUCGUCUGGACAUUUCUCACAGUUGGAGACCUCGUCUCAUGGUAGGGAAUUAAACGUUAUGGAUCAUAACAGAGGAGUUUCUUCUAUGUUUGUGAAAUCUGAAACCUCAUUAGUAGUAAAUCGUGAUAUUGAAUUAAAAGCACUUAUUCAAGACGUGCAAAAUGAAAUUAAGGAAAUGAGGAAAUCAAUGGACUUUUUAAACGAAAAGUAUGAAGAUGAACUCAAGCGUACUAAAAUUUUAUCUGAAAUGGUAACUUAA